GUCCGUUGAACGUCAAUGGUUGAACGUGCCUACUACUGCUUGAGCAUUUAGCUAGCUUUUAGACAUGGCCACAGACAAGCCAAACGAAGCGAAAGUUUCAUCUUUGGAUGAAAAUAAAGAAAAUUCGCCGGAUGGAGGACUUGGACUCGAAAUCUUGCAAAUCAUUAAGGAGUCCCAGCAGCUGCAUGGUCUCAGACAUGGAGACUACCAAAGAUACAGGGGCUACUGCUCUCGCAGACUGCGCCGUCUACGGAAGACCCUUGGCUUCAAGAUGGGAAACCGACACAAGUUUGUCGGGAAAAAAAUAAAUGUUGAAAUGCUUUCAGACAGCAGGUACUUACUGCUGGUUUUGAUGGAGGCAGAGCGUGCGUGGAGCUACGCCAUGCAGUUGAAGCAGGAGGCAAACACGGAGCCGCGCAAGCGCUUCCACCUGCUGGCUCGUCUACGCAAAGCCGCGAAGCACAGCGAGAAGCUGGAGAAACUCUGUGAGAGCCCCAAUGUUGAUGCCAAGACAAAACUGGAAGCGCAGGCCUACACUGCGUACCUUUCAGGCAUGGUAGAAUUUGAACUGCAGGAGUGGAAGCGUGCCAUGGAGGCUUUCAACAAGUGCAAAACCAUCUACGAGAAGCUGGCCAGUGCAUUCACUGAGGAGCUUGCGGCGUUGUAUCGGCAGCGUGUAGAUGAAAUAUCGCCUAACAUCCGCUACUGCGCUUACAACAUAGGUGACCAGAAUGCCAUCAAUGACUUGAUGCAAAUGAGAUUGACUGGAGGAGGUGGCGGCAUGAUGGCUGAAAAACUAGAGUCCCUGAUCACUCAAGCAAGAACCAAGCAGGCGGCCACCAUGAGCGAGGUGGAGUGGAGAGGACGGAGUGUGCCUGUCAAGAUUGACAAGGCCCGCAUCUUCCUUUUGGGUCUGGCCGACAACGAGGCUGCCAUUGCUCAGGCAGCCAAUGAGGAGACCAAAGAGCAUCUAUAUGAGACGCUGCUGGCCGAGUGCAGGGACACCAUCCAAGCCGUGCGAGAGGAGCUCAAGACUGAGGCGAAGCAGCGAGAGAGGAGCACUGAUGGUGACAAUGGCAAAGUGUCCAAUAUGCAAUUCCUGCACAGCUACCUGACCUACAUCAAGCUGUGCACGCUGGUGAAGCGAAACGAGAGCAUGGCACACACUCUGCAGGCCAAGCUGAAGGAACCUGAGGCGGACGAGAACAAAAGGGGCCCUCGCCCACAGGACCUCAUCCGCCUUUAUGACAUCAUCUUGCAGAGUCUGGCUGAACUCUCCUCCCUGCAGGGUCUGGAGGAUGAUCACACCUUCCAGAAGGAGGUGUCCCUCAAGACUCUGGCCUACAAGGCCUAUAGAUGUUUUUAUAUAGCCCAGUCAUAUGUUCUGGUGAAGAAGUGGAGUGAGGCUCUGGUGCUCUAUGAGAGGGUGCUGAAGUAUGCAAAGGAGGUUCAGUCCAAGGCCAAGGGCAUGAACAACAGCUUUAAGCAGGACCUCCCUGAUGUUCAAGAGCUCAUCGCUGAAGUCAAUGCAGAGAAAUACUCUCUUCAAGCAGCUGCUAUUUUAGACACCGAUGAUACGAUUGAAGUUCCUGCUCCACAGCAAGUCAAAGACAACACGCCUCUCUGUGACCGCUUGGAGACAUUCCGCCUGGAUCCCUCCCUCGUCGGGAAGCAGCCCAACCUGGUCCAUUUCCCGCCUGACUUCCAGCCGAUUCCCUGCAAGCCUUUGUUCUUCGACCUGGCUCUCAACCACGUGGCCUUCCCGCCACUGGACGAUAAGGUGGAGCAGAAGGUGAAGGGCGGCCUGACAGGCUACAUCAAGGGCAUCUUUGGCUUUGGCAGCUAAGAAGAGGCCUCUAGACCACAGCCUCAUCCCCUUAUUAUUUGUUAGAAUUGUUCGAUUCUUUUGAAUGAUGUGCAGUGCCUCCGUGCAACAUGGACGGAUGAAUUUUGUUUCAGGCAAGGAAUUUAGGAAAGCUUUAAUAGUCAACCUGCCAUUUUUAACAGUACAUUCAGUGUGCUUUUUCUCUUUUUAACCCGACUUAUCUGGCUGGGUGACAUUCAUUUUCACAGCCAAGUCCUGUCUGUUAUUUUGGAUAAAAAGCACUCAAUUGUUUUUGUUUUGGUUUGAAAUUGAUUUAAACUUUAAUGCGGCAUCAUAAGUCAUGGCAAAGUAUUUUUUUUCCCUCACUGUGCACAUACAAUCACUGCAGGCUCUUAGGUGUUUGGUGAUGUGAUGGGUAAAAGGAAGUUGCUUGUUUUGUUUUUUUUUAUGGAUUUUUUUUAGUGGCUACCCACUGAUAUGCUUUAUUAUGUUGACCAUUUUUUAAAGAAAAUAAGCUGCUUGAGUUACAUUGCCUUCAAGAAGACCUGUUGGUGAAGGUCUCACUAUUUCAAUGUGGCGCCGUGACUCUUUAUUUGACGUUUGAGUCUUCUCCCCCAAGAAAAGCCAGUUUUAUCUCUAAUUAAUCAGUUAGCCUGCUCACACACACCCUUUGUUGUGUGUCUUUGUUGAAAAGAAUGAAGACAGACUUGUCAGAGUACCAUAUGUCUAAAUAAGUCAUUGAUGGGACAUUCUUUAAGCAAAAGAACUGAUGAUUUUUGACGUAAUUAAACAAUAGCUGCACCAAUACAUAGAUGUGUAUGGUUGCCUCAAGUGUCACGUGUUGCAUUUGCAAAGUUGGUGUGUGUGGGUGUGUGUAGUGCAUGGGAUGCCUCAGCUAGGCGUGAAUGUUGUUUAUGUUGUGUACGUUUUCAUAGUUAGGAUUAAUAGUAAAGGUGUGUUGGGUAAAGACACAAGUUACCAGACAAAUUACAGUCUUCAACAUCACAGCAACUCAGGUGUUCCCUUUCUGGAAGCAUCUCAAGCUGUUGUCUGACACACACACACGCACACACACGCACACACACACACACACACUGCCACCAGGCAGAAAUGUGCCCUGCCUGGAUGGACUGAAGAUUAUUGUGUGUUGAAAUAUCAAAUGAUAAAAAAAAAAAAAAAAUGCACCAAAUCCUUUGUGUGGCUGCUGAUACACAUAAGAGUUCAAAUAUGACCGUAGAUACCACCUUGCAUUUUCUGCUGCUAUGCUUUUAAAUCCAAUGUUUGCUUUAAGCUCUAGAGACUUAAUUGUGGAUUUCUGUCUUAUUGAGCCACUUUAAUCCACAACGAACACUAUUAAUUCAGUAUACGCUCAUGAAUGAGAAUACAAGCGCACUAUGAAAAAAUCUGUCUGCACAGUGGAAAAAAUGCUCACAUUCUGGCAACAAUGUAGUCGGGCCACACACUGUAAGUAUUCAACAGUUGACGUCUGACACACAAAGAGUGACUUCCUCGCCAUCAUUGCUAGACAGUGUUGGAUUAUUCCAAGAUUUGCUUAUCAUAGCUGAAGUCAACAUGGAGGAUAUAAUUCAAUCAUUUAAGAGCCUGCAAAGGCUUAUUUUGUAUGGAAGCUUCUUGUGCCUGAAAUUCAUACAAAGCCAAGUACAUAUGAAUUAAUAAAAAUGUGAAAUAAUGUAUUACAUUGUCUAUUACUUUACUUUAUUGUUAAUGAUUUUAUGUAAGUAUGAACAGUACUUGGUAAUCUUUGAUUAAUAAUGCACAUUUAAUUUAUUAUACAAUUGAUCAUAUAUGUAUAUUAAAAUGCUAAUCUUAAAUGAUUACAGUAUUGAACUUAUUCAUGAUUAAUUAUGCAUUGUGAAAUUAUUGAAAAAUUGUCUUUAGAUUUUCUAUUUUA